AUGGAACCCUUUGCUUUCGACUUCGAUAAUCUGAAAACUGAGAAGCAAACCGCAAUGCUGAGAUACCGUCGUCUCCCAAACCUCACCAAAUUGUUCCGAAUUUUCGAAUUCUGCCUCCUACUCUUCUUAAUUUCCUGGAUUUCAACUCGAAUUCCCUCCAUCCUCAAAAUCUCUACACAUUACAUCACACAAUUAAUCUCAAUUAUCAUCAGUCCUCUGUUCAUCUUCGUACUAAGCAAUGUCAUCGUCCUCAUACUCGUCGUAAAUUCGGGCCAACGUAUCCCCUCUACGUCCGGAAAACCAGACAUAAAUCUGUACACAGACUUCACAGAAAACAUAGAACUCGGAGUGGAGUCAGAGGCUGAGAAUUGCGCAAUUGUAUCAGAGGAAGAGACAGUUUAUCAAGACAAGCAGAUUGUAGGCGAAAUCAAUACUGCGCGUUCUGAUUCAAGUUGCGAGAUGCUCGUUGAAGCUGACUUAAUGCCAGAAGUUUCUAUUUUGAAAUGCAAAGUGUUUCAGAGAAGCGAAUCAGAGAAUUUGAAAACAGAGUUUUCGGAGAAGCCUGGGGCAGAGCUGCGUCGAUCAGAGAGCGAUGUGUGCGCGAAGAGUGAAAGAUCAGGCGAAAGCAAAGCGGAGAUUGUGGAGGAGCUGAGUAAUGAGGAGUUCCAGCGUGCAAUUGAAGCUUACAUAGAGAAGCAGCUUAUGUUUCACAAGCAGGAGCAAUUUUCCAUUGUUCCUCAUAUUUGA